AUGGCAACACUUCGCCUUCUUGUUCGACAUGCUAAACAAGUUGUUAUGGUAUGCAAUAAGGGACAGCUAGCAUUGCCAGGUGCUGCAAUGAACCAACUAGCUGUAUUAACCAAGAGCGAUCAAUCUUCUUCAACUGGCUAUUCCAUAGUUGUUGAUAAUUGUGGAACGAUUGAUGCUAUUGGACCUGAUGAAGAAAUUGACAAAGAAUUCUCGCCAAAAGACUUUACAAACAUUAUUGAUGCGACGGAUAUGUGCGUCUUGCCAGGUUUGGUAGACGGCCAUACGCAUCCAGUCUGGGCUGGUGAUCGUGUCCACGAAUUUAAGAUGAAGUUAAGAGGAGCUAGCUACAUGGAAGUUCAUGCUAGUGGAGGUGGAAUCAAUUUUACUGUUCGACAUACACGCCAAGCUUCAGAGGAUGAUCUGUACAACUCUUUUCAAAAGCGGGCUUCUAAUAUGAUGAAAAAUGGAACUACAUUAUUCGAAGCUAAAAGUGGAUAUGGCUUGGAUGUUGACACGGAAAUAAAGAUGUUGCGUGUUAUUAAACGAGGGAUUGAUAACUUUCCCAUCGAUAUUUCAGCUACUUACUGUGGAGCCCAUUCAGUGCCAGAGAAUUUGACGAUGGAGGAAGCUACUGAUGAUAUCAUAAAUAAUCAAAUUCCUGCUAUUAAAGAGCUUAUAGAUCAAGGUAGCUUGCAAGUUGAUAAUAUCGAUGUGUUCUGCGAAAAGGGAGUAUUCGACGUACCAAGCACCUCUAAAAUAUUAAAGGCUGGAAAAGAGACAGGGCUAGCAUUAAAUUUUCAUGGAGAAGAAUUGCAUCCUUUGCAAUCUGCUGAGAUGGGAGCUAAGCUAGGUGCGAGGGCAAUUAGCCACUUAGAAAUGGUUAGUGAUGAAGGAAUUAAAGCUAUGGCUAGCAGUGGGACAGUUGCAGUACUACUUCCAACGACUGCCUACAUUUUAAAAUUAUCUCCGCCACCUGCACGAAAAAUGAUCGAUAACGGUGUUGCUGUUGCACUUGGGUCCGAUUUUAAUCCAAAUGCAUAUUGCUUGUCCAUGCCGUUGGUCAUGCAUCUGGCAUGUAUCAUUUUAAAGAUGACUAUGGAAGAAGCGCUUGCUGCAGCAACGAUUAAUGCCGCAGCUUCGCUAGGAAAAUCGAAACGACAAGGAUCGCUUGAAAUCGGAAAACUUGGUGAUAUGCUGAUAAUUGAUGCGGCGAGUUGGGAGCACCUGAUUUAUCAAAUGGGAAAUCAAGAGUCUUUAAUCAAAUACGUUAUUAAAGGAGGAAAUAUAGUUUAUCACAGGUAG